AUCAUUGAUCCCAAACUCCCAGAACAACUCAGACACGGGUAACAAAAACUGCAGGAUUAACAGAUAUAUAAGCUCAUAAACGUAACUCAUGAGGAGCAAUUUGAUCUUUGUGGCUAUCCUGGGGAUAGCAUGCAUGAUGAUUGGAGUCAAUGGGAACAAUACAACGAGCAGUAGCAGCUCCAUACGCAGCUGGAUAUCUUCUAACAUGACCACCAACCUGACCCAGGCACUCCCUCCCAACAUAACCACCAACCUGAACCAAACAAGUCCUGCCAACAUAACCAACAUCCUGCCCCAAACACGGCCUCCCAACAUAACCACCAACCUGAACCAAACAAGCUCUGCCAACAUAACCAACAUUCUGCCCCAAACACAGCCUCCCAACAUAACCACCAACCUGAACCAAACAAGCUCUGCCAACAUAACCAACAUUCUGCCCCAAACACAGCCUCCCAACAUAACCACCAACCUGAACCAAACAAGCUCUGCCAACAUAACCAACAUUCUGCCCCAAACACAGCCUCCCAACAUAACCACCAACCUGAACCAAACAAGCUCUGCCAACAUAACCAACAUUCUGCCCCAAACACAGCCUCCCAACAUAACCACCAACCUGAACCAAACACAGCCUCCCAACAUAACCACCAACUCGACCCAAACACAGCCUCCCAACAUAACCAACUUGAUCCAGACGCGCCCUCCCAACAUCACCACAAACCCGACCCAGUCAGGCCCCCUCACUGUAACAAACAUUAUAAAAACGUCAAGUUCUAAUACUCAAUCAAUAGAAAUCACUGGCAGGGAUAACUGCAAGAGGGAUAGAGCAUGUUUCUCUGCUCCACCUUCCUGUAAUCCAAGUGCACAAGGUUCCUGCUAUUUCCUCUCUACAAGAGGAGUAGGUGGAAAUGCAGAUAAUUUUACUUUUGAGAUCAGUGGUGAGACAGAUGGUUACAUCGGAGCAGGCCUCUCUCGAGACAAGAGUGGUCAAGGAGCCACUGUCUAUUCUUGCGCCAAAGUCAAUAGUGAACUGAGGUUUUUCCGUUCCACACUGAACAAUCAAAUACUGACUCAGGAUAACACAUUCAUCCCUGGAAAUUUCCGUGGUUCGAUGAAUGGAAGAAAGAUUCAGUGCAUUUUCACUGCUGCAGGUCUCAGCAACAAUGCCCGUGCUGCAACCACAGACAAUUUUGUCUUAUUUUUAACAGGAAGCGUCUCAAAUGGUUCUCUGGAUUCUCCAGUCACUAGACUGGCCACAAAUGGGUCAGUGGACUUAAGCAACCCUAACAGCACAGAUGUUACAGUAAUAACACCCAGUAUAGAUGCCACCACUACAGCCCCAAACAGCACUGCAUCUACUGCCACUGCAGCAUUAAACACCACUGCAUCCCCGAAUACCACUUCAUCUAAUUCCACUGCACCACUGAACACCACUGCACCCUCAAACACCACUGCAUCUAAUGUCACUGUAGCAUUAAACACCACUGCAUCUACUGCGUCUGGAGUAUCUACAGCUAAUAAUGGUACAGCAAAUGACAAGGUCACCAAAGACAACUGUAAGAAGGACAGGGCAUGUUUCUCCACUCCAGCCAACUGUGAUCCAUCCAGCUCAAGUAGCUGCUUUUUUGCCUCCACAAGAGGGGUGAACGGAGACUCCGACAAUCUCACUUUUGAGCUCAGCGGGGAUGCAAAUGGUUACAUUGCAGUUGGCCUGUCUCGAGACAAGAAGGAGGGUGAUAAUGACACCGUCUAUUCUUGUGCCAACGACAAUGGUGUGGCGAAGUUCAUCCGUGCCACACUGAAUAAUGCCAUUCUGACUCCGGAUAAUACUUUUAACCCCAGAUCCUUCCGUGGCUCUUUGAGCGGCACUAGGAUUCAGUGCAUUUUUGUAGCUGCGGGCCUCAGCAGCAUCACCCGUGCAGCAAACACAGAUACUUUCCUCUAUUUCUUCACUGGCAACUAUGCAAACGGCACUCUGGGGUCGCCAGUCACACGAAUGUCUACAAAUUCAUCGGUUGAUCUAACCAGCACUAACAGCUCAGAUGUUGUCAUAAUAGCACCCACUACAAAUACUACCACUACUACGGUUUCUACUACAGCAAAACCUGCUACUACAGCAGGGAGCAAUGCACUGCAUCAUGCUGCAUCUCAGGCUGCUCUGGUAAUUCUCUCAGGGAUCCUUGCAGUUCUCCUGUUGUAAGGAUGCUGCCAACACGUCAUUUGCUUUCUGAAAUUGGUCGAUGAGCAGUGAACGCUUGAUGAACCCAACACUAAAGUAUAUGUAAUUCAGCAUAUUUAUAACUGUGCAAUAUUGUGACUCUGGGAACAAUGAGGAAAGGAGCUGCAAAUAUGGGGAAGAGGGCAAUACAUCAUUUAUUUUAUCUGUGUGUAUGUGUGAGAGAGGUUGUGUUUGAGUGUGUUUUUGUGAGCAUUAGUGUUUGCAUUCUACUAAUGUACUGCUACUUAAAAUCAGGCUCCUGCACAGAGAGGGCUGAUACAAAUGAGUGUAAUUGGUCUAUUGAUUUAAUUGUGCAAGUGUGAUGCCACCACGUGGCUGAAAUGAUCAAAGAUAAUUAUUUUUAGAUGUCUUAAUUUAUUUUGCAACUGUUGCCUCAAACCUGUAGAUGCGUGUAAGUUUUAAAUAAAGUCACAUGUAUAUGUUUUUUGAAGAAAAAUAUGUAUAAUAAAAUGUUCAUGUAAACAAUGAAA